UACAGAGCUGAGUGUUGCAGAAGGACGCUGCAUGGCAAGUGGGCAGGUAACGGUUAACUUCGCCACAAGUGGGAAAAAUAUGUCGAACUAAAAAGAGUCGGAGAAAAGAAAAGGCUGGAUUUCCUGCGCACAUUCAAACCGCAUUAACGGGAUUAUUAUUUCUUGGCGUCGAGGGGAGAAAACUAAAAAAUAUGUAGGAGCUGUGCGUAAAAAUCCACCAAGAUUCCUGCGAGGGGUUGAUCGUCUGGAGGGGAGGAUUGUGCCAAACUUGAGGAGCAGCUUAUUCAUGCAAAUUCAUAAAAUCAUAGGCGUGCCUUUGGGCGAUGGAGUCACAGCCGGAAAAGCAAACCCCCUCCUGGAUCAUCAGCGACCUUCAAAGACUGUGAUGCGCAGCGCUCGGACGCAUUGACAGUGGCACCGGGGGACAAUGUUUUAAAAGCGCGGAGAAAGAGAGCAGAAAGUUAGGUCUCGGUUUCUACACGCUUCUAGACUCGGUGAACUUCUUUUUUCAGCACAAGCACCAGCUCAACUGCUGCGCCACUGGAUCGCCAACCACGGGCUCAUUUCGCAAACUGCUGCAAAACUCUUGCCUUUCGGUUUUUGCAACUAUAUUAUUUUUAUAUGUUUACAGUCAAUUCGGACGACUUCACAGACUAAGAAUCCUGAUGUGGAUGAAGUUACAGCAACCCUAUUUUACAAAAUUCGUGCGUAAAGAGAUCUGAUUUGUUCCCACUUUGAGAAAACUAUUUAAAUUUUACAUUUUUUAUUUAAAUCUCGGAGGACCUUUCCACUUUCCACCAUGUCAGAGGACGACAGUAGCUCCACCACCAGCUACAUGUCUGACACCGAAGGCAGCAACGUCAGCGUCCUCAACUGGGAGCAAGUGCAGCGGCUGGACGCCAUCCUAACGGAGACCAUCCCGAUCCACGGCCGGGGGAACUUCCCCACUCUGGAGAUGCAGCCGCGGCAGAUCGUCAAAGUGGUGCGGAGUCGGAUGGAGGAGAAACACAUCCAUGUCCGGGAUGUUCGGUUAAAUGGCUCCGCAGCCAGCCACAUUCUGCACGGGGACAGCGGACUGGGCUAUAAGGACCUUGACCUCAUAUUUUGCGCAGAUAUGAAAGGUGAAAGCGAUUUCCAGAUUGUGAAGGACAUAGUUUUGGACUGUCUCCUGGAUUUUCUACCCGACUGUGUGAAUAAAGAGAAAAUAACCCCGUUAACGUUAAAGGAGGCCUAUGUGCAGAAGAUGGUGAAGGUGUGCAAUGACUCAGACCGCUGGAGUCUAAUCUCCCUCUCCAACAACAGGGGGAAGAACGUGGAGCUGAAGUUUGUGGACUCUCUUAGGCGGCAGUUUGAGUUCAGCGUGGACUCCUUUCAGAUCAAACUGGACUCCCUCCUGCUGUUCUAUGAGUGCUCAGAGAACCCCAUGGCCGAGACCUUCCACCCCACCAUCAUGGGCGAGAGUGUGUAUGGGGACUUCAGUGAGGCCCUGGACCACCUACGUCACAAGAUCAUCUGUACCCGCAACCCAGAGGAGAUCCGAGGAGGGGGUCUUCUGAAGUACUGUCACCUGCUGGUGAGGGGCUUCCGGGCCGCCUCCGAGUCAGAGAUGAAGUCCCUGCAGCGCUACAUGUGCUCACGCUUCUUCAUUGACUUCCCUGAUAUCGGUGAGCAGCAACGCAAGCUGGAGUCCUACCUACAAAACCACUUUGUGGGCCUGGAGGACCGCAAGUACGAUUACCUGAUGACCCUCCACGGGGUGGUCAACGAGAGUACGGUGUGCCUGAUGGGACACGAGAGGCGGCAGACCUUAGGGCUCAUAGCCAUGCUGGCGGUGCGCGUUCUUGCAGAGCAGAACGUUAUCCCAAAUGUGGCUAAUGUCACAUGUUACUACCAACCUGCUCCUUAUGUGGCAGACGGCAACUUCAGUAACUACUACAUAGCCCAGGUUCAGCCGGUGUUUGCUUGCCAGCAGCCUGCGUACUCCACCUGGCUUCCGUGUAACUGAGUCAGCCCCGAGGAAAAGGUGGAGGGAGAGAUUUGUUUAAACAGGAGUGAGCAGCAUAGUCGCCGCCUCAAACCUGCCCAGUGUUUGACAGCUGACAGAAAAAAGGAGUCCUCUUUUUAAUGUUUUGCAUCAAAGCUUGUGUUUUCGUUCGUACGUUGAGUAUGAACAGUUGGUUUUCACUUCAAGUACGUAUCUCAAUGUGAAUAUCUCACAUUUCUUGAAAUGCCAGCGUCAUCCUGAUCCUGCCCAGUCAGUUUUGGAAAAGACUAAUUUGGGUAGCUUGGAAAUAAAGGCUAAAUGUGCGAUGGCCUCAAAGGCAAGAAGCAGAACUGUCAUUGAAAGACUGAUUGAAUCUGUCAAGAAGUGAUUAGCCAGCACGUUCCUGCUGCAGAUCAAACAGUUGCAUCAGUGCCCUGAAGUUGACAGCUACUCCACACACACACACACACACACACACACACACACACACACACACACACACACACACACACACACAAGAUAAAUCAGAGGUGUGUGUGUGCAGGGCUCCAAAAUGAGCCCCCUGGACUCUGCUUUAGGUGAGGUGAGUUUGGAUAACAAACUGGCGUCUCCGCCUUGCAUUUGGAUAUAAUUAUGGUUGUUUACAGACCAAAGAUUUUUUUGAUUGUUUCUAACAUUAAAACCCAAUUUUGAUGGGGGAAAAAAACAAAAACAAAAUAUGAAGCUUUGUCUAUUUGUAUAUGUGAACAUCUGUGUGAUUUUAAGUGCCUAUAAAAGAAUGAGCAGGCCAUAUGAUUUUUGUGAAUUAGCCCCACUCUUGUGUAUAGUCAGGCACACAAGACAAUAGCACCCCAGAGGCUCGUGAAUGUAUAUGUGAAACCAUGCAGUCAGUGUUUGUGUAUGUUUAGAUGAAAAACACCAUGCGCCACUGUGGAAUUUGCAGACAAAUGUGCGAUUGCUGCACGUUUUCUGUGCGGAUAUUUGGAAAUUUAUAUCCAAACAUGCUGUAUUGCAUGUCUGAAAUUAACACACCGUUGUUACGAGAAAGGAUGACAAGCAUUUUCAGAUCAUCAGCAACAAACAAAACAUUCACACACACAAUUUCCUGUAUAUUUUGUACAGUGGUGCUUCUCUUUUUCUCACCUGAGGAAAAAAAAACCCAUAAGAAGUAGAUAAAAGACGGAGAGAGAGGAAAGACUGCAUUCAGAGAGCUAGUGUCUGUCCGUUACGCUUCCUCCUACAGUAGAAGGAUAUUUGCAGAGACACCUCAGAUGAUGAGACACUAUUUGCUGUAGCACCCUAGCAGGGAAUUCCUCAGCUGCUGCUGAAGAGCUUGAACUUAGCUGGGGUUGGGUCUGCAGACACUCCGUUCAGGGUUCAGAAAAUGUGCCAAACAUUUUGUUGGCCCGGCUGAUAGCCUCCUGAAGUUUAAUAGGGCCAUAUGUUGAUUGGAGAAAGAUUUUGUUAGAUGGGGACAAAAAAAGAGAGAAAAAAAGGAGAGAAAGGAAAAUGUUAAAAAUGCAGGAGGGGAGAGUGAGUCGGUCUGGAGAGAUGGGUGCAGCUGGUGAUGGGGUUUAUCUCUCCGGGGCUACCAUGCUUUACUGUACAAACUGUCUCUGUUGAGGUCAGACUACAACCUCACGGACAGUGCUGCAGCUCUCCCCUUUUUUCAGGGAGACCAGAACAUUCUUUUAUCAGCAUUUGCUCUCUGUUUUAAUCACGUGAUUGAAGUGAGCAUUCACAGCAGCUUCAAGAGACAUUAAGUUGCAGUCUGUUUCAUCUGUGAGGUUGGUUUAAUGACGCUUAUUAAUGUUUUUUAUGCUUCAUUCCACAUCAUUUUAAAGAACUGUGUACAUAUAUGAUUACAUGCUUCAGCUUUGCCAACUCACUUACUCCUUGCAAACUAUACUGCAGCCUUUUCUGAUGGCAGAUAGAGGAAAAAAAGGUCAUAUUUAGCAUAAAAACAAUAGGUUAGGCCCAGAAGACCAGCAUCAACUCAAGUUGAAAAGAGAAGUUCUCUCGCUAACAAAUAUUUUUUUUUCUCAUCCUCUCAUUCUGAUAAUUCAUAACCGUUCAGUUGUUUCAUUUUCUCAGCGACUGUCCAACAUCGAUGGUAUCCUUUGGAUUGUGCAGGCGAUGUAUUGUCAUUUUAUACUCAGUGAAGUCCUAACAGCUGACUAUAGCUAGCUAGCUCCAGUCUGCCUGUCAGUUAGUGAUCGUGCCUGUCAGUUAGAGAUUGUGGGUUACUGCAUUGUCUUGUAUGCAUUGUCUCAAAUAUCUGUUUCUGUCCAUGCAGUCUUUUGCAAAAUCACACUUUGAGAAAGACAGAAGAAAAAAAGAUUUUUGUCUUGUAUGUAUAUUUUUUAUGAUUGUUAUUUUUAUAAAUGUAUCAGACACUGCGGGUGUUGCAGUGCUUUUGAAUCUGUGAUCGGGCUUCAAAGGAUAUGUUCUCAAUAGCUUUUUUGCUAUGUUAUGUUAUGUGUCCAAUGGGUCAAAAGGUUAAAGAUGUUUUCAUCAAUAAAAUAUCUGAAAACCAGA